UAACAUCAUCAAAAGAGCCUACAAGAAGCAAGAAAACGAAUGGAGACUAGACCCCAAGCCAGUCAGCAGUGUGGAUGUGGAGGCUGAAGGUUUGUACGUGGUUUUAUAAGUAAUGUAACAUCGGAACGUCAUGAGUUCACAGACUCGGGAGAGUUAUCUGGGCCUUAAGUAGGAAUACGAGCGUACGAGUCAGUUACCGACUGCAUUGUCGCUUCUAAUAGACGCACUCGUUUUAGUUCGUGACUUGUGUGAUUCGGUUUUCAGACAACACAACAACAAAACUGUUGUUUAACGCGAUAGUCAGUUGUUCAGUCAUUGUUUUGCAGCCUACAAAACAACAAUAGAAAUAAUAACAAUAACGGACGAUGACCAAGUUUAGUGUCGCUAAUGGCUCGAUGAAGAUGGUGAGAUAACGUGCGCCGAUAACUCGAACAUUUUUUUAAUAUUAUGACCGAAGAAGUGAAAGUAUGACAGUGAUAAAAUGGGCGCGGGAUGGUAUUUGUUGCUCCCCUUUUAUUUGUUAGUGGGUGGUGUAUGUGUGGUGCUGUCGGUGCCGGAUUUUAUCAAUAGGGACGCAACAGACAGCAUUUGCAAUAUACCCGGCUGUAAUUGUACCUAUUACCUUACCUGGCAAAAAAUUAAUUGUACUUUCAACGAUACUCAGAAAGUCCAAUUUACCGAAGGAUCCAUUCCAAAUGUCACGAUGGAAAUAUCGAUAACGGGCGGUAAAGAGAUCCUUAUCAAGCCAAUGGUAUUCAAAUCAUUACCUGCGUUUCGAAGGUUCAAAGUGGAGAAUACCAUGUCUUUAACUACGAGCAAAGGCGCGUUUGUUAAUGUAACAUCACCUAAAGUAAUUAUACAAAUUCAAGGCUGUGAUGAACUUAAAGUCGAAGAUAAUGCUUUCGAAGGCUUUCCGCCAAAGACCCCAUUAGAUUUCGAAGCGACUAAUUGCUCAAGAGUUUCCAUAGGAAAAUCCGCAUUUACUACGUUGCAGUAUGGAAGGUUCCAAUUUAUUCGAGAGCUGAUACUGGCUAAAGAAGCAUUCAGCAAUGAAGCCCGUCGACAUGGUUUACUUGCCGAUGUAUGUAUCACGUAACUUUAAUUUAAUGCUAAAAUCU